AUGUCAUUGGCACACUCGGGAGACGGAGAGGACCCGGUGAAGCAGCGGGAGCUUCGCAAGCUAUGGCGGGCGUGGAGAACUGUGCACGAGAUGUGCCAGGAUCGGGGGUAUGAGCUGGCCGAGGACGAGGUUAAGAUCAGCUUCGACGACUUUGUCAGACAGUUCUCGUUGCCGGACGGAACAGCCGAUCGCGGCAAGAUGCAGUUCUCGGCGCGGCCGUCAGAGAGCAUGAUCAAGAAGUUCACGCCGCCGCCGACGGCAGCCCGCCCCGAUCCGCCGACCGAGUGCGGCACGAUCUGGGUGGAGUUCAUGACGGAGCAGCAGAUCGGCGUCAAGGAGAUCAAGCGGUUCCUGCAGCACUGCAGCGAGAACAGCUUCCGGGCCGGCAUCAUGGUGACGCAGGGAGCGCUGAGCGCGCAGGCGCGCAAGGUCAUCAACGCCACCAUGAUGUACACGCAAAUCGAGUGCUUCAUGCAGGACGACCUGCUAGUCAACAUCACCCAUCACGAGCUCGUCCCGACACACGUCCUGCUGAGCAAGGAAGAGAAGACCGCCCUGCUGUCGCGCUACCGUCUCAAGGAGACCCAGCUGCCCCGCAUCCAGCAGAAGGAUCCCGUCGCCCGCUAUCUCGGCCUGAAGCGGGGACAGGUCGUCAAGAUCAUCCGCACGAGCGAGACCGCCGGCCGGUAUGCGAGCUACCGCCUGUGUGUCUGA